CGUAAAGAUUUUACUCGCACGCUUUCGCGUUUCCGAAAAAAAAAAAAAAAAACUAAAAUUCUGAAUGCAAAAAAAAAGCUGUCAACAUACGACGUCGUAUAGAAUUUGAUUUUUAAUAAAAAUUAGUUGUUCUUAAAAUAAACGACGACGACAUCGUAUCGAUUCACUUUCCCGCCAUCUCUCUCUCAUCGUCGUCUCCUUCUCCUAGAAAUCCCUAAUUCACAGAAACCCUAAACUCUGAAAUUGCUCUUUUUCUUUGUCUGUGAGGAUGGUAUCGCUAAACUGCAAGUACCACACUCUAAUUCAGUUUUUGAAUUCUCGAGGCUUUCUCAAGGAGAAACAAUUUCAUUCAAUCUUCACCAGCGUCACCGGUAGAAACCCAGGAGCUGCUGAGAAGAUAUUUGACAAGUACCUUACUCAUGUUCGCUUUGAGUUGAUGGAUUGUGGAGAUCAGCAGGAUGGCCAUGUUUGUAACGGUGUGGACCGUGUGGUUAACAAAGUCUCCAAUGAUCAACCCAAAGUCAGGACUAAAUUUUCUGUUCCCCAGACUGCCUUCUUUAAAGGCAUUAUAGAAGCAAUGGUACAGGAUGAAGCUGCCCGAGGUUGGUUAUCGGGCUCUGAGGCCCUCAAUAUCCAAUUGGAGAACCAGGUACCACCAAGUGAAGCCAGCAGCUGUCAACAGCAAGUCCCUCCUGCGUUCAAGAACUUUUCAAUGUCUGAAAAGGAAGAAACUCUCGAUGAACUUGUGAAGAACGCCUGGCUGUGCCGCACAAAAGGCGGUUACAUUGGACUUGGUAUGAAAUCUCUUCUUGACCUGCGCAGUUGUUUCAGGGACUAUGAAGUUCCUUCUUGCGAGGUUUGCGAUGAAGCUGAUGGAGUAAAGGCGGAUUUGUGUCCGAACGAGUACUGCCUCAGAAACUUGUUAUCUCAAAGGGAUGAUAAAGCAGCAGUGAAUGAUGAUGAUGAGGACACCGCUACUCAAGCCACAGCUUUCAGUACGAACAAAAGAAAACAUAGGAGUUAAAGAGACUCAGCUGAAAACCUUUCUUCUCAAGCGUCCACUAGGAGAAGAGUAACUCUUAGCGCUACACACUUGAGUUAAGGGGGGAAAACGUUUCAGAACUCCUGUGUUUAGGGGUUAGAUGUAUAUUUUGAUGCCUGUUUCUAUGUCCAAACAUCACCUGACAUUUGGUCUGAUGUAAUGUUCACUUGUGGAACACUGAUGGAGUUCAAACUCUUUGGUUUUAAGGCUACCAUAUAUUUAAAUUGAAAAA